CUUCAAUGUUGAUUUACGAUCGCACAACUUUUCUUUCCUAGUUAAUUGCAUCAAUCUCACACGCUUGAAGAUGCCUGAGCAUACACGGAAGCACAAGGUGGCCGUGGUCGGUUCCGGUAACUGGGGAUCCACUAUCUCCAAGAUUGUUGCGGAAAACACCAAAGAGCAUCCCGACCUUUUCGAACCGGAGGUGCGCAUGUGGGUGUUUGAGGAGGAGAUCGAGGUCCCGGAAUCCUCCAAGCACCACAAGAAACUAGGCGGCCAGAAGCGCAAAUUGACCGAGGUCAUCAACGAGGUCCACGAGAAUGUCAAGUAUCUGCCGGAUGUUGCCCUCCCUGAUAACGUUGUAGCCGACCCAGACAUCAAGUCGGCCGUCAAGGAUGCUACCUUACUCAUCUUCAACCUCCCCCAUCAGUUUAUCGGCAAGACCCUCGAUGGUGUUGUCGGGCACCAUCUCCCCUAUGCGAGAGGUAUCUCUUGUAUCAAGGGCGUCGAUGUGUCAGACGGAACCGUGACUCUCCACUCCGAACUCAUCAUGGAGCGACUCGGUAUCUACUGCGGUGCCUUGUCCGGCGCCAACAUCGCUCCAGAGGUAGCCGCGGAGAAGUUUUGUGAGACGACCAUCGGUUACGACACCCCUCCGAUGGAUGCGAAUGAGCGUAAUGGGUCGCCGAAGGAUAACUUGAUCAAGAUUGAUGAGCAGCGGCAACAUAAGACCAAACCCACGCAUGUCAAGCUACACCCGGUACCAAAGGAUCUCCCUGCAGUCGAUGCCGAGCUGUGGGAGACUCUGUUUGCCCGCCCAUAUUUCCAUGUCAAUCACGUUCGCGACGUUGCCGGAGUGGCUCUAGGAGGUGCUCUGAAAAACAUUAUAGCUUUAGCAUCGGGCUUUGUUGCAGGAAAAGGCUGGGGAGAAAAUGCCAAGGCAGCAAUUAUGCGUGUCGGCAUCCUGGAGAUGAUUAAGUUUGGUCGGACGUGGUUUCCCAAGUCUGUGGAUGAGAGGACUUUUACUGAGGAGAGCGCGGGUCUGGCGGACGUGAUUUCCUCGUGUAGCGGUGGGCGGAACUUCCGGUCAGCCUGUCAUGCAGUCGAGCAGGGGGUCAGCGUCAAUGAAAUCGAACAGAAGGAGCUCAACGGCCAGAAGUUGCAGGGGACUUCGACGGCUUACGCUGUUUAUGACUUUCUCUCGAAGCACGACCAGCUAAAGGAAUUUCCGUUGUUUGUUGCAGUUCAUGACAUCCUCGAAGGAAAGUCUACUGUUGAUGACCUGCCGGCACUGCUAGAUGGGAAGAAGAAAACGAAGAAGAGCGCCUGAGGGUGCGUGAUCCCG